CUAUUUAUACUAGUUAAUAUCCUGUUGCAAGGAAUGCUCUAGAAAUAUGGGCGAAAUACUAUGUUGCACAAAAUUAUUAUAGUGAUUUCGCUUGCACGAUGGUAUUUGGCGUAUGCCUUUUGGUAGCAACGGUAAGUCUCUUGCAAGGACGCUUGCUGGUCUCUUGAUCCAGUCAGGCGACGCGGUGCUUCUUGCUCUCAAGGUUGAGGUGUACGGUCGCCUUCCGAGUCAGGAUGCACAUGGCCAAGAUGUUGCCCUGCCAGGGCGUAAUCCGUUCAGCGUGGUCAACUCGCGGCACGACAACGCGGACAAGGUUAUGAUUGGGACGCUCGGAUGGAACGCCUUGGUGACACUGGCUGUUAUCUUGACAAACGGUAAGGUUGUUGUGGGUCCCCACAACCCAGAUUUCUAUCCUCACCGAAGCUCGCACGUUUGGGUCCGAAAGAAUGGAAGUGAAGACUCCUUCAACAACCUGGAGCGGCAGACACGAUCCAAGUUUCACGUGCAGUCAACAUUCGAGACCUAUGCUGCUGCCUGCGUAGAGUUCAACUUCUACAAGACUAUGCCUGCCACUUUGAAGACACUGUGGGAAUACAAGAUCAACGGGGUAUGGUCUGGCGUCAAGGCUGCCGCUUUCGUGUUUUAUCAACUGUAUACCAACCAUAAGCUUGUUAAGACCGAAGUGGAGAGAUGUGUUGCCGAUGCUUUUGCUCAUAACGACAGAGGUUGUGAGAUCCUUGACGCUGUUAAUCGGAUGCUUGCAGUGAUGGUAGAUGAGGAGAAGGUCCCGGUUUCCAAGGACGUUAGCAAGUGUCUUACAGAGAUUGCCGGAAGGUUGCAAAGUGAGAUCUCUGAUGUGAACAGGGGCAAGGUGACUAAAGCGGUUGAAAAGCGGAUCCGUAUGAUACUAGAAGAACCUACGUAGAUGCCGAACCUGAUAGUAAAGGCUCGUUGCUCAAAAGAAAUAAAUUAUAU